AUGAACGUGCUCCUCAGCACGGCGCAAUGGGUGGUGGGCAAGGCCCUGACCCCCAUUGCCGAUGGUUUGCUGAAGGCUUGGGAUGCUACCAACAACUUGGGACUCAACAUUGAGGCCCUGCAGAUGGAACUGCUACUCGUGCAGGCCACGCUCGAAACCGCCAGUCGCAAGCAGAUCGGUGGUGAGGCCAUGGAGAAGCUUCUGGGGAAGUUGCGGCACUCGGCGCACUGUGCAGAGGAUUUGUUGGAUGAGCUGGACUACUUUCGCAUCCACGACGAGCUCCAUGGCACAUACGAUGCCGUGGACCAGCAUGCCAAGGGCGGCAUCCACGACCUUGCUCUCAAUGCUCAUCACACCUUGAAAGGUUGUUGCAAACAGCUUGGUUGUGCUUGGUCACAUGCUAGGAAGAGGCCACGCGACAAUGCCUCAACACCAAACGCCAAUCAGGUUUAUGAGGAGGAGGUCAAUGGACGCAUGCCGAAGCUUGGUAAACUCCUCCCUUGCUCAUCUUCUUCACAUGUUCACGAUUAUAAUUAUGGCCAGUCAACUCUUUGUGGUGCACCAGAAAGAGAGCAUGUGGAAGAAACACCAAUGUUGAGGUUUAAUAGGGUUGAUGUGUCUGAAAGAAUGAAGCACAUUGUAGAGCAAAUGAAACCUGUGCGUAAAGAAGUUACCAAGAUUCUGCAGUGUUGUGACCGUAUGACUGUCCCAGAUAUUGCCCAGACUCGUCUCAUCACCACUAGUCAGAGUAUAGAACCAAAACUAUAUGGGAGGGACCAUAUCAUGAAUACCAUCAUACAUGAUAUGACCAAGGGCAAAUACAAUAGAAAGGGAUUGAGUGUGCUUCUGAUUGUCGGUCCAGGUGGAAUAGGGAAGACAACUCUAAUACAACACAUAUACAGAAAGCAACAAGUUCAAAAUCAUUUUCAAGUACUUAUUUGGGUAUGUGUGUCGCUCAGUUUCAAUUUGAAUAAGCUGCUAGAGGAGAUUAAAACAAAUAUCCCUCCAGUUGAAGGUGAAAAAAAUGGUAGAGCCGAAGAGUUGAUUGAACAGAGAUUAAAAUCGAAAAGGUUCUUGCUUGUAUUGGAUGAUAUAUGGGGGUGUAGUAAUGAGGAUGACUGGGAAAGGUUAUUACUACCACUAAAAAAAUCACAAGAAAAUGGUAGCAUGAUUCUAGUCACAACUCGGUUUCCAGCAAUAGCAAAGAUGGUUAGAACAGCUGACCAUCCAAUACAGUUGGAAGGUAUAGAAUCUAAAUAUUUUAGGGAGUUAUUCCAUGCAUUUGUCUUUGGUGAUGAUCAAUGUAGAAGGGAUCACACCUUUUUGCUUCAAAUUGGAGAAAAGAUUAUGCUAAAACUGAAGGGAUCACCACUUGCAGCAAAAACUGUUGGUAGAUUACUGAGGAAGGACCUUAAUUUGCGUCAUUGGAGAAGGGUCCUAGAAAGUAAAGAAUGGGAGAGGCAGACCGGUGUUAAUGAAAUUAUGCCUGCCUUGAAGCUUAGCUAUGACUAUCUCCCUUUUCAUCUGCAACAAUGUUUUACCUAUUCUGCAUUGUUUCCUGAAGAUUUUCAUUUCAGUAGCAGCCAGCUGAUCAACUUGUGGAUAGGACUAGACAUCUUACAACUUGGUGCUCGAAACCAAACAUUUGAAGAUAUAGGUUUGAGCAAUUUAAAAGAUUUGGCCACACAUGGAUUUUUCAGAGAAGAGGAAACUAAUGGUCAUUCAUAUUAUGUCAUGCAUGACCUGCUACAUGAUUUAGCAUUGCAAGUUGCAUCUCAUGAUUGUAUUUGUUUGUAUAGCUCCAACGUGGGAUCAGUUGAAGUUCAACCAUCCAUUCGUCACUUGUCUAUCAUUAUAGAUGAUGAUACAGUGUCUCAUAAAAACUUCAAGAUUCAACUGAGAAAGCUGAAGACAAUGUUGAAUAUUAAACAGUUGCAUACUUUGAUGUUAUUUGGAAAAACAGAUGAAAGUAUUGCGAACGUUUUGGGUGAUUUGUUUAGAGAAGCAAAUGCUCUUCGUGUUCUCCAUUUAGUUGACAUGCCAUAUUCUGUGGAGUCCAUUUUGCAUAACUUCUCAGCACUUCUCCACCUAAGAUACCUAUGUUUGGGGACAAAGUAUGGUAGGGAGAUUCAUUUGCCACUUGCCAUUUCUAGACUUUAUCAUUUAAGGAUUUUGGAUCUUGGUUGGUGGUACAGUUGUUGUGAUUUACCCAAAGACUUGAGCAACCUUGCAAAAUUGCAUCAUUUUUAUACCCCAAGUGAUGAGCUUCAUUCAGGUAUCUGUAAUGUGGGGAAUCUCAGACUCUUAGAAGAGUUGAAGGUAUUUAGAGUAAGUAAAGAAAGUGAAGGAUUUGAACCAAAGCAACUAGAGCAUUUGACUGAAUUACGGGAGCUUGGCAUCUAUAACCUUGAGAAUAUGCAGACAGAAGAAGAAGCAUCCAAAGCAAAUUUGAUGGAGAAAAACUAUCUGGAGAGGUUAACAUUAGAUUGGGAUAGUAGGCGGUCUAAUACCGAGCCUGUUAUGGAAGCAGUUGUCCUUGAGAGCCUUCAACCACAUAGAUACCUUCAAGAGUUGUGCAUCAAAGGGCAUGGAUGCCCUUCUUGUCCAACAUGGCUGGGGGAUGAUCUUGCCGUUGAAGCUCUUCAAUCUCUUCAUCUCUCUGGUGUUUCUUGGCAAUGUCUCCCUUCUUUAGGGAAGAUGUUUGAUCUUCGUAAACUAGUAUUGGAGUAUAUUGCCACAAUAAAGCAGUUUGUUAUAGAGCAAAGCUUUUGCAGGCUAAUAAGGCUUGAACUUGUUGGCUUGGGAUGUUUUGAAAAUUGGGUACUAUCACAUGACACUCAACAUAUGUUUCCUCUUUUGCAAGUCCUGGUUAUUAGAGACUGCCUUAAACUCUUGGAGUUGCCAUUUUCAAACCACACUGACAUUGAUUGUUUUCCUGAAUUGCAGGAGCUUCAAAUAGAGGACUGUCCAGAAUUCUUGUUGGUGCCUAUCCCCUGGACUGAAACAUUGAGUUCUGUUAAAAUACGAGGUGUGAAGCUACUACAGAUGUUUUCGUACGACUCAAAGUCAUCCUCUGUGUAUAUUUUUGGGAAGGAUGAUUUGCAAAGCUUAGACCAAGUGCUAGCAUUCAAUAAACUGGUAGGCCUCGAGUCACUGAAUCUCGUGGAGUGCCCACCUCUGGAGCUGAACCACCUUUUGAUGCUAACCUCACUGAAGAAAUUGGUUGCAGAGAAAUUAGAUAGUGUGGUCGUGCCAGCAGGUGGCGAAGGUGAUGUGGAAUGGCAACACCCUCUUGAGCAUCUUGUGGUCCAGGAUUUACAUGGUGCUGCUAGUGGUAAGGACUUGACAGAGCUUCUCACGCACCUCCCAAGGCUCUCCCAAUUGGAAAUCAGAAAUUGUAAAAAUAUAACACAACUGGCAGUGGGGGUGGAUAUGCAACAAACAACGUCAGAUGAAGAUGGGCUGCUCCUCUUCUCGGCAAAUCUCUCUGACUCAGUGCGGGAGUUGUACAUCCGCUUUUGCCCAGAGCUGGUCCUAGUUGACAACCCUUCAAUUGUUCUUCCUGUCAGGGGAGGAGGAGGCCUCCAAGCACUGCGAUCCCUCCAGAGGUUACGGAUUUUCGACAGCCCAAAGUUCUUCCUAUCCGCCAAGAGCUCGUUUUCCUCUCCUUACUGUUGCCCUUUUCCAUCCUCCCUGCAACACCUUGAACUUAAUGGUGUGGAAGGCAUGGGGACGCUGGAGCCACUCUCAAACCUCAGCUCCCUCACUGAAUUAAUAUUGAAAUCUUGUGGAAAUGAUCUAAUAUGCAAGGGCCUGGGGCCUCUCCUUACUGCCGGGGGACAGCUCAGGAGAUUAAUCAUCUAUGGCAGCCCUAGAUUCUUUGCUGGAUGGGAUCCCAAUCCCAUGCGGGUGCUGCAGGAUGGAGGAGGAGAAGAGCAGGAACUGCACCAGCUUGUUUCCCCCCUGUGUUCAUCCAAACUGCAAAAGCUCCGGACGGACGAGGCCAUGGGACUCCUUGAUGUGCCCAUCUGCAGCUUCCUGUCUUCCUCCCUCAUUCACCUGGACCUUUCUGGGACUUGUAAAAUGGAGCGCUUCACUAAUGAGCAAGAGGACGCCCUUUGCCUCCUCGCCUCGCUCCAGCAACUCGAGUUUUUGAGAUUUGACAAGCUUCAGCACCUCCCUGCAGGGCUGCACAAGCUUACCAACCUCAAGCGAUUAGAGGUCGAUUCAUGUCCGGCCAUCCGGUCACUGCCCAAGGAUGGCCUCCCCAUAUCACUGGAAGAAUUAAGUGUCUGCUGGUGUGGCAACAAGGAGCUAAAACAACAGUGCAGGGGGUUAGUGGGAACCAUUCCAAAAAUCAUGCUAGACUGA